CCCGGGUGAUUCAGUCGCAGUGUCAAUCACCCUGCCCUCCUCCUCCUCCUCCCCUUCCUCCCGCCGCCGGCUCCGCCUCCAGGGGGGUGAGUCCGAAACUUUAUAAGUUGAGCUUUCGCCGAACCCGCUGGAAGCGGUGAGCGGGUCCGGUGGUCGGGCGGCAUCAAGUAGCACCAGCGGCACCGCUACCACCGGCGUGGGGUAGGUUGCGAGCCGGGGCGCUGGAGGCUGUGCCGUACCCACGCCGUGACUCCUCGUGUCUGCGUGCCGCUGCCCCUCCCGCUGCUCCCCUCGCUUGCUGAAGAUGUCCACAGCCCUGGUGUCGCCCACCAUCUUCGAGCUGAGUGAAGUUUUAUACAAGAGCAACAAGAUGUUGAAUUACAGUCCCUCGGGUGUCAGCGGGUGCCUGCUGGACAGGAAGGCGGUGGGCACCCCGGCCGGCGGGGGUUUCCCUAGGAGGCACUCUGUCACCCUGCCCAACUCCAAGUUUCACCAGAACCAGCUUCUCAGCAGCCUGAAAGGGGAGCCGGCUCCCAUGCUGGGCCCCCGGGAAAGCCGCUUCCGGGACCGCUCCUUCUCGGAGGGUGGCGAGCGCCUGCUGCAGCAGAAGCAGCCCGGGGGACAGGUCAACUCCAGCCGCUACAAGACGGAGCUGUGCCGCCCCUUCGAGGAGAACGGCGCCUGCAAGUACGGUGACAAGUGCCAGUUCGCUCACGGCAUUCACGAGCUGCGGAGCCUCACCCGCCACCCCAAGUACAAGACCGAGCUCUGCCGCACCUUCCACACCAUCGGCUUCUGUCCCUACGGGCCGCGCUGCCACUUCAUCCACAACGCGGAGGAGCGCCGUGCCGUGGCGGGCAGCCGGGAGCCCACCGUCACCGACAGACCCCGCCUGCAGCACAGCUUCAGCUUCGCCGGCUUCCCCAGCACUGCUGCCAGCGGGCUGCUGGACAGCCCAACUUCCAUCACCCCGCCGCCCAUGCUGAGCGCAGACGACCUGCUGGGCUCCCCUACCUUGCCUGACUGCGCCAGCAACCCCUUCACCUUCUCCAGCCAGGAGCUGGUCAGUCUCUUUGGCCCCAGCAUGGGGGUGCAGGUGCCCAGUGGGAGCUCCCCCACCACCUUCUUGUUCAGGCCCAUGUCUGAAUCCCCCAACAUGUUUGACUCGCCACCCAGUCCUCAGGACUCCCUCUCUGACCAGGAGGGCUAUCUGAGCAGCUCCAGCAGCAGCCACAGCGGCUCAGAUUCCCCUAUCCUGGACACCUCAAGACGUCUUCCCAUCUUCAGCAGACUCUCCAUCUCCGACGAUUAAUCUGUGUUUGCCUGUUGCUCUCCCCCCCAACUCCUCCUCUGUUAUGAUGUUAAGCUGAACUCCCCCUCCCACCCCCCACCCUGUCCCCAGUAGUCCGAGCUGGAUGUUAACCUGCCCACGUGCCUGCCGUAGACCCACUGGCUUGCUUAAACCUUAAGUGCCAAAUUACGAUGAAAAGCAAUAACGUUUACAAAAUUAGUGCCUUUUAACACUUUCACUGUGACUGUAUUACCUCUCCAGCUGCAGAGGGCACCAGCAGCUCUGUGCACUUCCAGAUGUGCAGGAAAUGUCCAGAUCCAGCUCCCUCCACUGGCCGCGUACUGCAUUGCCCUCUCCCAGUCUUUCCCCGACUGGCCAGUUUUCUGCUAGGCUGCAGGCAUGUGGGCAGGCGUUAACGUACACUGCUUUUUUUUUUUUUAAUCCUCCUCUCUCCCCUUAAAGACUAAAUCUUGCCUGGAUCCGCUCAGGUCUGCGGGAAGAAAAGCUGAGAACGGACAAAGAUUGUAACAUGGUGGGACUUAAAACUGGGAGGAAGAAAACAAAAACAAAACCCCAGAUGGACUAUGAGAGACUUGAUUUUGGUGCUAAAAAGUUCCCCGUGUAUUCAUGUGACAUCUUUAAAACAAAUAAAAGAAAUAGAGGGGGGGUGGGGCCGACAGAAGUCAUUCCACACACACACACACACAUGCAAGUUCCUGUAAACAAAGUUCCAGUAGACAUAGCUUUAAUGGUUUUUUGCUCUAGAUUACUUUAGAACUAUCUUAGAGCACUCACGCCAAGCUUUUUAUUAUGUUUUUUUUUUUUUGUGGUUUUUUUGUUUUGGUUUUGUUUGGUUUUUUUUUUUCUGGGUUUUUAAUUUUGUAUAACUUUUCAGAAAUUGGAGAGCAAAUUUUGCUUGUCACUGCACAACAAUAUAAGAAAAAAAAAAAAGCUUAUUUAACUUAUCAAAACGUAUUUAUUGCCGAAACCUAUGCUUUUUUUUUUGUUAAUUUUGUUCAUAUUUAUCGGGAUGAUGAAUCCAUAGAAUAUAUUCUUUUAUGUUUAAAUUAUGAUCUUCCAUAUUAAUCUUAAGAUUGUGAAGUGUCUUUUUUCCUUUUUUUUUUUUUUUCCUCCCCCCCUUUCCUCUCCCCUCCCCACAGUUUAAUAUAUUAUACUACAAUGACAUUUUUUUGUAACUUUACACUUUUUUUUUGGUUAUUUUAUUUUAAAAAAUGAAAAAUUAAUUUAAAAAAAAAUGCAAAAAACUGUGUUUGGAUUAUUUAUUUUAGAAUUUCCCCUCCCUUCCCUUCCCUCUUUUUUUUUUUUUUUAUGUUGGACUGCAAAUUGAGUUAAUGUGCUUCUUUUGACUUUCCUUCUCUUCUCCUCUUGCCCUCUCCUGGGUCUUGCCUUCCUGGGCUUUAGAAUGUACAUACCCUGAGCUCUGUUGUGAGACAGCGUGGAAGGAAGAGCUUUUCCUUCCUUUUUUUGUAUAGAUUCUUCAAGGAGAAAAAGCCUUGGGCUCAAAGUGCCUAUCUGAAGACAUUCCAAAUAUAGUUUGUCUUUGCAUUUCUGUAUUCCAAGUAUGGAGUUUUCCUUGCCGAGGUGAACGGGACUGGCACAAAGAGAAUAAUGAAUGUAUUUUUUUUCCCCCCUGUUACUGUUCACUACAUUACUUUCUCUUUUUCUUCCCUCUUUGUGUGAGUUUUAUUUAAAAGAGAAUAUCUUUUGUAACGACUGUUUGCAGUUUAAAUCAAUAAACCCCAAGUUUUUUCAAGAAA